UCGUCUUGUCCGCGGGAUUGUUGUAAGAUUUAGCUGCGUUUAGUGACUCAUCUAUCUCUGUGAAUCACGUCCCUUUACAAAAUGAUGAACCAAAUGGGGAUGAUGAUGCAGCAGCAGGGUGUCGGUGUUCCCGGUGGUCCGGGCGGUGUGGGUGGCGUUGGUAUGCCCGGGCCUGGCGGAGUUGGAGUAUCGCCCGGGAUGAUGCAGUCUCCUCAAAUGCAGCAAGUGCAGCAACAGCAAGUCCAGCAGCAACAGGUCCAGCAACAACAGCAGCAGCAGCAGCAACAAGUGCAACAACAGCAGGUUCAGCAGCAAGCGCAGCCGCAACAACACAGCCAAUCCGCUCAGCAGCAAGCACAACAAACCGAGAAGGUGGACAACAUUUCUAAGGUCAAGGUGUUGGUUGGUCCGCUCCGGGAUGCCUUGUCAACUACGAUCAAAACUGCUGCCCAGCUGAUACAACAAAACACGCUCGCCGACGCAGGAUCCAAAACGGUUGAUCUCAAUAAUGCACCCCGCUUUGAUAAGCAUCUGGAAGAGUUUUAUUCAAUUUGCGAUCAAAUAGAGCUGAACUUGAAAACGGCCAAGCUUUGUAUGCAGCAGUGCACCUCGUCACAACAGUAUCUUCCGAUUCCGGUUGCCACGAGCCAGCCGCCGUUGACAGAAACAAAUGCGUUAACGUACAACCAAUACCUGGAGGUGGUUAAGCUACAGAUUGGCUACGCAAAGGACAUCCACGACACGCUAAUUUGUGCCGCCCAAAACAUUUCUCCCAGUGAAUGAUAGACCAGGCAGCAGAAGGCGAUGCGGGUUGGUUGGAGAAGAAUAAUGAUUUAGUUUAUUUGUUCUUUAUGGCAUACACAGAGAAAUGAGCAUGAGCGAAUGGUCGGCGAACGUGAUGUGAGUUCCUCAUGCGGCCCAGUCUGACUUGUGGUUCGGUCUUAUCGAUCCGGUCUAAGAAAUAAAAUUAAGCUUACAACUAGUACAGUAAUUA